CAGCCUUUUAAAAAAAUCUAAAUAGUCAAUGGCCACUCGCUUCGGAGGCAAUCGGAAUAAUAGAGGGCUGAAUACCGUUCCAAGUUUACUGCGAAAAGCCUUGUAUUCUAUUUGCCGCGCCUCUAUCCCACCUUCUCCAAUACCUUCCGCUCCGAUCGCCACCAUAUCAACAAGCUCCACAGCCAUGGCGGAUGCUACCGAGACCCUUAAAACCAAGCUUUGCGUUAUUGGAAGUGGCCCCGCUGCCCACACUGCUGCUAUCUACGCUGCCCGUGCCGAGCUCAAGCCUAUUCUCUUCGAAGGAUGGAUGGCCAACGAUAUUGCCCCCGGCGGCCAGCUCACUACCACAACCGACGUUGAAAACUUCCCUGGUUUUCCCGAAGGCAUUCUUGGCAUCGAACUCAUGGACCGUUGCCGCAACCAGUCGCUUCGCUUUGGCACUCAGAUCUACUCCGAGACCGUAACCAAGGUCGAUUUCUCAUCCAAGCCAUUUAAGAUCUUUACUGAUUCCAAGACCGUCCUUGCCGACUCUGUGGUUGUCGCUACUGGUGCGGUUGCGAAGCGAUUAACCUUUCCCGGCUCUGGUGAAGCGGAUGGGUUCUGGAAUCGAGGUAUUUCGGCUUGCGCUGUCUGUGAUGGCGCUGCGCCUCUUUUCAGAAACAAGCCCUUGGCGGUCAUUGGGGGCGGAGAUUCCGCCAUGGAGGAAGCCAAUUUCCUCACCAAGUAUGGCUCCAAAGUGUAUAUUAUCCACCGAAGAGACACCUUCAGAGCUUCCAAGAUCAUGCAACAGCGCGUCUCCAGCAACCCUAAAAUCGAGGUGAUUUGGAAUUCGGUGGUUAAGGAAGCGUACGGCGACGCUAAUGGACGAGCCCUGGGGGGUCUGAAGGUCCAUGAUCUGGUCUCCGGAAAGGUUUCUGACUUGAACGUUUCUGGGUUGUUCUUCGCUAUUGGUCACGAACCAGCUACCAAAUUCUUAGCUGGACAACUCCAGCUCGAUUCUGAUGGUUAUGUGCUGACGAAGCCAGGGACGACGCAGACCAGUAUCCGGGGAGUCUUUGCGGCUGGUGAUGUUCAGGACAAGAAAUACAGACAAGCUAUCACAGCUGCUGGAACGGGUUGCAUGGCAGCAUUGGAUGCGGAACAUUACCUGCAAGAAAUUGGUUCUGAGGAGGGGAAGAGUGAUUGAUAAUAGACUUUGCCUGGGUUUCUCAAAGUUGGCCGUUGAGAAAUUAUUUGAAGAUAAUGGCCAAAUAUCAAGAAUGAUUGUUGAAGGGUGCUUGUUGUAGACCCUGUCAUAUAAUUGUUGACUUCAUAAGUUUACAAGGAGGGAUAAAUGCGAAAAUAUUAUAGCAUUUUCGGGGUCAGUUAUUCGGGAUAAUCAUUGGGUAAUUUGUAUUUACGUUUGUUGGUUUAAAAGUUAUUGAAAGAACUUUUGCAUCAUUACAUAGGCUUAUACUAUUCCCAGAA